AUGGGGAAAAAACAAAACAAGAAGAAAGUGGAGGAGGUGCUAGAAGAAGAGAAAGAAGAAUAUGUGGUGGGAAAAGUUCUCGACCGUCGAGUGGUAAAGGGCAAAGUGGAGUACCUCCUAAAGUGGAAGGGGUUCUCAGAUGAGGACAACACAUGGGAGCCAGAAGAAAACCUGGAUUGCCCCGACCUCAUUGCUGAGUUCCUGCAGUCACAGAGAACAGCACACGAGACAGAUAAAUCAGAGGGAGGCAAGCGCAAAGCUGAUUCUGAUUCGGAAGAUAAGGGGGAGGAGAGCAAACCGAAGAAGAAGAAAGAAGAGUCAGAAAAGCCACGAGGCUUUGCCCGGGGUUUGGAACCGCAGCGGAUUAUUGGAGCUACAGGCUCCAGUGGAGAACUCAUGUUCCUGAUGAAAUGGAAAAACUCUGAUGAGGUUGACCUGGUCCCUGCCAAGAGGGCCAAUGUCAAGUGCCCACAGGUUGUCAUAUCCUUUUAUGAAGAAAGGCUGACGUGGCAUUCCUACCCCUCAGAGGAUGAUGACAAAAAAGAUGACAAGAAUUAA